AACUAAAUUAGAGACACCUCCACGUGUCAUCAAAACCAGUGGCGUAUGGCGUCAUCGUCGUCUUCCAAGAGCAAGAGGCACCCGCUGUACCACGGGAUUCGGUGUCGGGGAGGAAAAUGGGUGUCUGAAAUCCGGGAGCCACGUAAGGAUUCUCGCAUAUGGCUCGGAACGUUCCCGACGCCAGAGAUGGCCGCCGCCGCCUACGACGUAGCGGCGUUAGCCCUUAAAGGCAGCGACGCUGUCCUCAACUUCCCUGACUGGGUCGGGACUUAUCCUGUGCCGGCUUCUCCAUCUGCUGCUGACAUUCGCAGCGCCGCCGCAGCCGCAGCCGCACUCAUGGCACCUCAAGAACAGACUCAAACCAACGACGCUGCCAAUGUCGCAGGUAAUGCUAAUCAUGGGAAUGAGGGCAAUGUUUCGUGGUCUGAGACAGAGUUUGUGGACGAGGAAGCCAUAUUCGACAUGCCAAACUUGCUCGUGGACAUGGCCGGAGGAAUGCUGCUCUCCCCUCCCAGAAUCGACCCGCCACCCUCCGAUAACUCCCCCGACGACCGGUCGUACGGAGAAACAUUGUGGAACUAUUUUUGAGCUUCCAGGUUAAUGAUGACACAGAACAAUACUCCAAUAAGACAAUUGGGCUCAAGCUUUCCCGGAGGCCACUGUAUAACUAAUUAUAUACCUGCGAAUGCGAAUUCGUCUCGGCUUCAAUGUGUCCUGAGAUGUUUCUUCGUCUGCGUUUCUUCUAGGCUUGUGAAAGUGUUUUUAGAAUACUAGUCCAUCCUGCUUUCGUUUUCGUGUGGGUUUAAUAUUUUGCUCUUAAUGCUUUUCAGAAACAUGUGCGCUUUGGGAAUAAACAGAGUCGCACUAUGACAGGGACUUGACUAAAACCCAUGUAAUCCCUUUUAAUUAUUAUUAUAUUAAAGUACUAAUGCUGGUUUAAGAUGAUUUUAUAA